AUGGCCGAAGCAGCUCCUGAAUCUGCUGAUCAGGAAUCGUCAGAUCAGUGUCACCAGGAAUGUCAAUCGCAAAGGAAUCCAUUCAGCAUCCCUGCCGAAAGUCAUCGGCACUGUCCCAUGACUGCAGCAUGUAGGACAGGACCCUGUGAUCAUCAACAUGACCUUCAUCCAUGUGUCCAUCGUAUUGGGAACGAUCGACUGGCAUUUCCAGACGUUACCCAAUCGAGUGAGAUGCUAUGUCAGGCGAUCGAAGCUGGGGAUCUUGAAUUCUGCAGAUACUAUCUUUCCCAAAAUAUCACUUGGAGUGAAAUCCUAGCUCCCGACAGCAGGGGCAAAUACACCUCUAACCAGCUACCCCUUCACACGAUGUUCCUGUCAAGAAAUGUAUCGCUUAACAGUCCCGUUCUGCAGAUGCUGCUCUGUUCAGGUCUGGACCUUAAUCUCAAAGACACCUUUGGUCGGACCGCCAUGCACUGCUUGAUGAGUAGGAUACAUUCUAAUGUCUCGCACUCGACUCCUUGUGCGAGUCGACCCCGCGACUUCAACAUGACUGUUAGUUGCGUGGAGACGUUAGUGAGAGGUGGCGCGGAUAUCAACUGCUUGGAUGGGUCUAGACAGUCAGCGCUGCACCUGGUGGCCUUCUACAACAUUCCAUCCUAUGUGUCAAUUUUGGUUCGGUUUGGCGCGGAAACGGAUGCAAAGGACAUCAACGGGAAUUCCCCGCUUCACGUCUGUGCCAUGUUCUGCCAUGCGGAGACCCUGGCGGCGCUUCUCGAUCAUGGUGGGAACCCGAUGCUAGGAAAUGCCAGAGGGGAAACACCCUUGCAUAUCGCAUCCAGGAACUAUGCUCAUUCGGGUCUCGGCUGCAUUAAGCUCCUUCUUCCAGUCGUGUACGACGUCAACCAACCUGAUAACGACAUGAAUACCGCGCUUCACCUAGCCGUCAGUAUCUGUACCCAGACUGACAUAAUCGCUCGUCUCUUAGCUCGAGGGGCUGAUCCGGAUCGGAGAAACGCACAAGGCCAAUCGGCGUUGUUCAUGUACCUCAACAGCAAGGUUGUCGAACAGCAACAUCAUUCUCUCCUUAGACCUUCUCGCUUCCCUAGCAUCAGACUUCCAGAACUGGGAAAGAAAAUUCGUCAUUCGGCUUUGUUCUGUUUACUCAUGGAUCAUACAACUUACGUCAGGAUAACAGACAAUGAUAACAGACUUCCAAGAAUGUUGACUCUACCUGAAGCAUUCGAUUUGAGUUGUUGGUUACAUCGUCUCGCGAGGACGACACCGUCACUUACGUUCUUGUGUCGCCAAGCUGUGAGAAAGGCUCUCAGGCCAUAUCGCCUCAGCGGGGACGUCUGCAAUGCUCUAGAACUUCCCAGUCAACUCAGAGAGUAUAUCAUCAUGCCAGUAUACAAGAAAGACUGUUUUGCCCCUUGGGCCCACAGUUCUCAAGACUCUUUAAUAUGA